AUCCUAACAUAGUGGAAAUAGGAUGAAAAAUAAAAGGAAAAUCAGAUCAGAGUUUCAUACUGCCCAAAAGUAAACACACAAACUUCUUCUUUCACUUGCACAAGUUUUCUUUGAUUCCAAGAGCCCUCCAAUUGCAUCCAUCCCAUCUCCCAUGGCUGAGAUUGAACUAAAAACUGCGCCUGCUGAUUUUCGAUUCCCGACAACCAACCAAACCCGGCAUUGUUUCACCCGUUAUAUUGAGUUCCACAGGUGCACUGCUGCUAAGGGGGAAGGAUCUAGUGAUUGUGACAAAUUUGCCAGAUACUAUCGUUCCCUUUGCCCAGGCGAAUGGAUUGAGAAGUGGAAUGAGCAGAGGGAGAAUGGAACGUUCCCGGGGCCUCUUUAAUUAAACACAGUUCUAGGUUUGAGACCUUCGGUACUCGGAUUUGCUAUUCACUUAGUCACUUGGGUUUGGUUUCAAGUUUAAUAGGUUGAUAAGUAACUAUUGCAUAUAUCUUCUUGUUGAUUCCUAUGCUUCUGCAUUGCAUAAAAUAGAGUUGCUGCAGGAAACGAAUGCGUUUCUGGUGUUGAUUGGAUAGCGUUGUUCCUAUUGUCGUCCUUUGUGUUUGCUUGAGAGUCUACAUGCCGGUUCGGCCCUGUGAUUGAGCAGGCCAAAUUCGUGUUUUGAGUAAAAACGCAAUUUUUCAUGCCGUUUGAUAA